CUUCCGUAAGCGGCGUCUCCUUUUACCUUGCUCUCCCUCUCUUUCCGAAGAUGCUAAACUACCGGCGGGCUGCAGAGGAGAGGGGUCCCGUCUUCUCCUGAUGUGUGAGUAACCCCCACCGCGCGCUGUCUUUGCUCUUCCACCCUCUCCCUUCCCCCGCCGCCAGUCCCCUGAUUUUCCCACCCCCUUUUUGCGCAGUUAAAAAAAAAAGUAAAGCAAUUUCUGCUGCGAGCCCAGGACGGGCUAGCCGCCCGAGAUCUCUUCAAGAUACCCCAGGGGAGGAGGAGGAGGAGAUGGGCUGGAUUUAGUAGGACAACUCGGUUACUAAUGACUCCGCGGCUGGCUGCGACCCGCCGGGAAAUCAGGUUUGCCUGUAGGUACCUGAGCUGACACCGACGGUGCCUAAAGAUGCUGAGCGGCGUUUGGUUCCUCAGUGUGUUAACCGUGGCCGGGAUCUUACAGACCGAGAGUCGCAAAACUGCCAAAGACAUUUGCAAGAUCCGCUGCCUGUGCGAAGAGAAGGAAAACGUACUGAAUAUUAACUGCGAAAACAAAGGAUUUACAACUGUCAGCCUGCUCCAGCCCCCCCAGUAUCGAAUCUAUCAGCUUUUCCUCAAUGGCAACCUCCUGACGAGACUGUACCCCAACGAGUUCGUCAAUUACUCCAACGCGGUUACUCUCCACCUGGGUAACAACGGGCUGCAGGAGAUCCGAACCGGGGCGUUCAGCGGCCUGAAAACCCUCAAGAGGCUGCACCUCAACAACAACAAGCUCGAAGUGCUGAGGGAGGACACCUUCCUGGGCCUCGAGAGCCUCGAGUACCUCCAGGCCGACUACAAUUACAUCAGUGCCAUCGAGGCGGGGGCCUUCAGCAAACUGAACAAGCUCAAAGUGCUCAUCCUGAAUGACAACCUUCUGCUGUCUCUGCCCAGCAAUGUGUUCCGCUUCGUCCUGCUGACCCACUUAGACCUGCGAGGGAACCGGCUGAAAGUGAUGCCUUUCGCCGGCGUCCUCGAGCAUAUCGGAGGCAUCAUGGAGAUUCAGCUGGAGGAAAACCCGUGGAAUUGCACUUGUGACUUACUUCCUCUCAAGGCUUGGCUGGACACCAUAACCGUUUUUGUGGGGGAGAUUGUCUGUGAAACUCCCUUCAGAUUGCAUGGGAAAGAUGUGACCCAGCUGACCAGGCAAGACCUCUGUCCCAGAAAAAGUACCGGUGACUCCGGUCAGAGGGGCGGCCACGCUGACACACAUGUCCAAAGGCUGUCGCCUACAAUGAAUCCAGCUCUCAACCCAACCAGGGCUGCAAAAGCCAGCCGGCCACCCAAAAUGAGAAAUCGCCCAACUCCCCGGGUCACAGUGUCGAAAGACAGGCAGAGCUUUGGACCCAUCAUGGUGUACCAGACCAAGUCCCCGGUGCCCCUCACCUGCCCCAGUAGUUGUGUCUGCACCUCUCAGAGUUCAGACAAUGGUUUAAAUGUCAACUGCCAAGAAAGGAAGUUCACUAAUAUCUCCGACCUGCAGCCUAAACCUACCAGUCCAAAGAAACUCUACCUAACAGGGAACUAUCUUCAAACUGUCUAUAAGAAUGACCUCUUAGAAUACAGUUCUUUGGAUCUCUUGCAUUUAGGAAACAAUAGGAUUGCAGUCAUUCAGGAAGGUGCCUUCACAAACCUGACCAGUUUACGCAGACUUUAUCUAAAUGGCAAUUACCUUGAAGUGCUAUAUCCGGCUAUGUUUGAUGGACUGCAGAGCUUGCAGUAUCUCUAUCUAGAGUAUAAUGUCAUUAAGGAAAUUAAGCCGCUGACCUUUGAUGCUUUGAUUAACCUACAGCUACUGUUUCUGAAUAACAACCUGCUGCGGUCCUUACCUGAUAAUAUAUUUGGGGGCACGGCCCUCACCAGGCUGAAUCUGAGAAACAACCAUUUUUCUCACCUGCCUGUGAAAGGGGUUCUGGAUCAGCUUCCAGCUUUUAUCCAGAUAGAUCUGCAAGAGAACCCGUGGGACUGCACCUGUGACAUCAUGGGACUAAAGGACUGGACAGAGCAUGCCAACUCCCCUGUCAUCAUCAAUGAGGUGACCUGUGAAUCUCCCGCUAAGCACGCUGGAGAGAUCCUGAAGUUUCUGGGCAGGGAGGCUAUUUGUCCAGACGGUCCAAACUUGUCAGACGGAACCAUUUUGUCAAUGAAUCACAACACAGACACACCUCGCUCACUUAGUGUGUCUCCCAGUUCCUAUCCUGAACUACACACUGAAGUUCCACUUUCCGUCUUAAUUUUAGGAUUGCUGGUUGUCUUUAUCUUAUCUGUCUGCUUUGGGGCUGGCCUAUUCGUCUUUGUCCUGAAACGCCGAAAGGGAGUGCCAAGUGUUCCCAGGAGUGCCAACAACUUAGAUGUAAGUUCCUUCCAGUUACAGUAUGGGUCCUAUAACACUGAGACUCAGGAUAAAGCAGACGGCCACGUCUAUAACUACAUCCCCCCACCUGUGGGUCAGAUGUGCCAAAACCCCAUCUACAUGCAGAAGGAAGGAGACCCAGUGGCCUAUUACCGAAACCUGCAAGAAUUCAGUUACAGCAACCUGGAGGAGAAGAAAGAAGAGCCAGCCACACUUGCUUACACUAUAAGUGCCACCGAGUUGCUAGAAAAGCAAGCCACCCCAAGAGAGCCCGAGCUGCUGUAUCAGAAUAUCGCUGAGCGCGUCAAGGAGCUCCCCAGUGCAGGACUCGUCCACUAUAACUUUUGUACCUUACCUAAAAGGCAGUUCGCCCCUUCGUAUGAAUCUCGACGCCAAAACCAAGACAGAAUCAAUAAAACCGUUUUAUAUGGAACUCCCAGGAAAUGCUUUGUGGGGCAGUCAAAACCAGACCACCCUUUACUGCAAGCUAAGCCGCAAUCAGAACCAGACUACCUCGAAGUUCUGGAAAAACAAACUGCAAUCAGUCAGCUGUGAAGGGAAAUCAUUUACAACCCUCUGGCAUCAAAGGAUGCUGCUCCAAACUGUUGGAAACACUGCAUUUGCUUUCGUGUGUGUUUGUGUUCUCCCUUUCCCAGCCUCAAUGGGGGACUUUGAAGAUGUUUGGGGGAUGGGGUGAAGCAAUGAUACUGCUUUUUCAAGUUUUCCUUUAAAUUAUUUCUCUCUUGCUCUCCUCCCUCCCCCACCUUUUUUUUCCUUCUCUCCUUAGGAAUCAUCAUUGAACAUGAAUGUUUCUACAAUGCAUUUUUUUUUCAUAUAUUUUGUUUAUGGUUUUGUUUCCUUUUUCUUCUUUUAUUUUUCCAGUGUGGGAAUGGGAAGAGGAGAUUAUAGUGAAUGAAGAAAGAGUAAGCAAACUUUUCAAAUGAAAAUGGAUAUUUAGUGUAUUUUGUAGAAGAUCUCCAAAGAUCUUUUGAGACUAUAAAUUCUUUUGUAAAUAAUGAUAUAUGGUAUUUCCGUCUUCAGUUACCAAGCAUAGUCACUAGGCAUCACUUCUUCGUGUUAAAGUGCCUUUGCACUUUAAGUACAUUACUUAAAUGUUGCUUUUAGCUUUGAUAAAUUGAACAUAUUUUAAUGUGUUGUAUUUUUAAAAUUAAAAACACUGUAAAAUAGAUCGAAAUGUCAGCUAUAUUAAGUCAACAUACAGUUUGCUUGAGUUAUAGAAACCGGACUGUCAUCAAAUGAUUCUAGUUCUAGGACUUUAUAGAUUUAACUGUAAAAUAUUUCCUUUCCUUUGGGUUUGUUCUAAGUGAUUUUAUUUAAGUCAACUAAGAGGACUUAACAGUGGACUAGAGGUAAUAAAAUGCCUCAGUUGGGAUUAGUAAUUCAUUAAUAAAAUAUAUUUAACCCAAUAUCAGAGUGAAUUGAACAAUUAAUGCCCUUCCGUAAAUCGUUAUUUUACACUAACAUGGUCAGUGUUU